UCUCACUCGGGUCCAGCCUUUGGAGCAGUCCAGGUUCAUUUCCGCUUGGUUCACAGAAAACAACUCGCAACUUUUCUGCAGCGAAGGCCGCCGCCGUCGCCAUGUCCAACAACAAUGCCAGCAACAACCUGAUAAUCGCGCAGAGGACCGUGAAGCAGCUCCGGCUAGAGGCCAGUAUCCGGAGGAUCAAGGUGUCCCAGGCUGCUGCUGAGCUGAGAAACUUCUGUCUGCAAAAUGCCUCCAAGGACCCUCUCCUGGUCGGGGUCCCCUCCAGUGAUAAUCCCUUCAGACCUCCUAAGUCCUGCUCCCUGUUCUGAG